GUAAAUUAAAAAUUUAACACUGCUACUGUGUCAAAGUACGGACACACUGCUGUCCUGCGACUGCGAGAUCGCUUGGCGCCCCCGUAAGAAUUUGAACGAUUAGCGACGUUGUAUAAGCGAACACGCGAAGCACCACCGCCAGAAACGAACUAGGGUUUUGCAGAUCUCAGUGGAGCUCUCCCACAUCCGUCCAUGGCGUCUGAUUCGCCUCGGACUCGGAUCGAUCAGGUCUGCUUUUUAAUCCUCUUCAAAAACCCAGAAAUUCUUAACGUUCACUUCAAAUUCAAAAUUUCAGCCUCUCUAUCGCCUUCUCUUGAUCCAAGCUUGAAUGCAAACGCCCGACAUAUAGAUGUCGUAAAUCUGUCGAUGAAAAGCUAUGGAUAUAAGAUCUAUUACAAUUAAAAGGGAUUGAAAAUUUCUCAUCUGAUUCUCAUAUUGCUUUCCUCUAAUUCAAGUCAACUUAGGAUUCUUUCAUAAACUGUCUGGCUCAAUUUUUUUGCUUCGAAAAAGAGGAAAACUCUAUCGCCUGGUUUGAAGCAUGUGAGAAUUGAAAAAGAUGCAAGAAUAGCUGCCGAAGGGUCUCCUAGUGGGAAAGGUACAUUGGACAAUUACUUGGUCAAUUCACAGGAGCAAAGCAAUGAUACCAAGCUUUCAUAUACAGUUCGCGGUUUAUUGGUCAGACAAGAUGGAGUCAAGAGAAAUCUGGUGUUGGAGAUGGAUAAAAUCUCCGAAGAUGAAAGUAAAGAUCCAAUUUUGUUAGCUAAAAUUGACACUCAAACCGGUGAAGGAUUUGAAACCAUUCAAAAGGAAACAUCGGGAGGCUCAUCAAAUGUGGGUGAUGUUGCCGUUGGAGGCCUUACAAAAGAUUGCUCAGUUUUGAGUUACAGUGCCAAAAACUCAGAACUAAAACAGUUUGCAAAUGACAAAGACCCAGAACUAAAACAGUUCGCAAAUGACUUUUUGUCUUUGUACUGUAGUGAACUACGGUCAACUGCAACUUCACCGUCUAAGCUAAAUUUGAAUGACCAUAAGAGACAUAGUAGUCAAUCGUUUGUGGAUGGUGAGGAUAAAACAUCAAAGAAGAGGCAUUGCAUAACCAGCAAGUCAUGUUCAGAAGUCAACACUGAUUUCUCCAUCGAGAAGAAGGCAGUUAAUCCAGCUGGAGGGGUCAUUUUUGGUAAUGAUCCCACUCAGCUUGAAGCAAGCUUGAGAAAAUGUAACAGAAUUUCUAAACAAACUGUUGAUAUGAUUGGAUGCGUUACACCAGGCUCGUCAAUUGUUAGAACAUGUGUUAGUCAAACCCCGAGGUCAACGCGUGGAAGCUCCAUGUUUUCGCCAGGAGAAGCAUUCUGGAAUGAAGCAAUUCAAAUAGCUGAUGGUUUGUUUGCUGAACCUGGUAAUCAUCUUGCAGUGUCUGCUGAAGAUAUUACCAACGGAAGUUGUGGGGACAAAAGGGAAAUUUUGGACAAAGCAAGCAUCAGAGGCUGGCAGAUGGGGGAUGUUGGUUCCUUGGAGUUAAAUGGUUUGCAUACGAGAGAUUCAAUUAAAGAAGUGUCUCCAUUGCCUGUCAAACAUCUUCACUUUUUGUUUGAGGACAAGAACUUGGACGCAAGUUCCCUGUCCAAUAACAUAGAUGAUUCAAAUGUGCAUAAGGGUGCUGAGCAAUCUGAAUGUGGUUCUGUAAACAUUAAAAGCUCACAAAGUGGCAAAAUCUCAACUUACAAUAAAGCUCAAACAAAGGAAGAAAUCCAACAGUCUGCAUCUGUUCAUGGAGUGACCAAAAGGGAAGCAAAUUUGUCAAAUCAAGAUACUGAUAGCAUUACAUCUAAUUCACCAGUCAAUGAAAUCAGGAAGUUUGUUCCUAAUAUUGGAGAUUAUGAAGCUGGGACUCCUUGCACCGUUGUGCUUCUCAAAGACAGAUUAAAUCUUGGCGAUUGGCUUCCGCCAGAAAUAUGCACCAUAUACAAAAGAAAAGGAAUUUUGAAACUAUACCCUUGGCAGGUUGACUGUCUUCAGGUAGAUGGAGUUUUAGAGAGAAGGAAUCUUGUAUACUGUGCAUCUACAAGUGCUGGGAAAAGUUUUGUUGCAGAAAUUUUGAUGCUGCGGCGGGUCAUAUCAACCGGCAAAAUUGCACUUCUUGUACUUCCUUAUGUAUCAAUUUGUGCAGAAAAGGCUGAACAUCUGGAAAGCCUUUUGGAACCUCUUGGUAGACACGUGCGAAGUUAUUAUGGAAAUCAAGGUGGUGGAACUCUUCCUAAGGAUACUUCUGUUGCUGUCUGCACGAUAGAGAAAGCAAACUCUUUAAUAAACAGGUUACUGGAAGAAGGUCGUUUAUCAGAAAUUGGAAUCAUUGUGAUAGAUGAACUGCACAUGGUUGCCGAUCAAAGCAGAGGUUAUCUUUUGGAACUUAUGUUGACCAAGCUUCGAUAUGCUUCUGGUGAAGGCAAUUCAGAAUCUAGCAGUGGAGAAAGCUCAGGUACUAGCAGUAAGGGUGAUGCUGCUCAUGGUAUGCAAAUUGUUGGGAUGAGUGCAACCAUGCCAAAUGUUGCAGCAGUUGCUGAUUGGCUUCAAGCAGCAUUAUAUCAGACAGAAUUUCGACCUGUUCCACUAGAGGAGUUCAUUAAAGUUGGCAAUACUAUUUAUGACAAGAAAAUGGACAUUGUUAGAACAAUUCCAAGAGCAUCUGACCUAGGUGGUAAAGAUCCUGAUCAUAUUGUGGAACUAUGCAAUGAGGUUGUUCAAGAAGGUCAUUCAGUGUUAAUAUUCUGCUCUAGUCGAAAAGGAUGUGAAUCAACUGCCAAGCACGUUUCCAAGUUCCUGAAGAAGUUUUCUGUUAAUGUUCAGAAUGAUAGCGAUUUUCUUGAUAUUGCUUCAGCUAUUGAUGCAUUGAGACGAUCUCCUGUGGGAUUGGAUCCUACAUUAGAAGAAACUCUUCCUUCUGGUGUAGCUUAUCACCAUGCUGGCCUCACUGUUGAGGAAAGAGAAAUUAUUGAAAGUUGCUAUCGCAGAGGCCUUGUUCGUGUCUUAACUGCUACAUCUACCUUAGCUGCUGGGGUUAACCUUCCUGCUAGGAGGGUCAUUUUUCGACAACCUAGAAUUGGUCGUGAUUUUAUUGAUGGGACAAGGUACAGACAGAUGGCUGGUCGGGCUGGUCGGACCGGGAUCGAUACUAAAGGCGAAAGUAUACUGAUUUGCAAACCAGAAGAACUAAAAAGAAUUAUAGGGUUGCUCAAUGAAAGCUGUCCACCAUUGCAGUCUUGUCUCUCUGAAGAUAAAAAUGGAAUGACUCAUGCAAUUUUAGAAGUUGUGGCUGGUGGAAUUGUUCAAACUGCUAAUGAUAUUCAUCGAUAUGUUAGAUGCACUCUUCUCAAUUCUACAAAACCAUUUAGAGAUGUCGUCAAAUCAGCACAGGAUUCUCUCAGGUGGUUGUGUCACAGAAAAUUUCUUGAAUGGAGUGAAGAGACAAAGUUAUAUAGCACCACACCACUUGGCCGUGCAGCUUUUGGCAGUUCUCUUUGUCCAGAAGAAUCACUAAUUGUGCUAGAUGACCUUUCCAGAGCAAGAGAAGGAUUUGUGCUUGCAUCUGACUUGCACCUGGUGUACUUGGUCACUCCAAUCAAUGUUGAAGUUGAGCCAGAUUGGGAACUGUAUUAUGAAAGGUUCAUGGAGUUAUCUCCUCUUGACAAGUCUGUUGGAAAUCGAGUUGGAGUUUCAGAACCAUUUUUGAUGCGUAUGGCACAUGGAGCACCUAUGCGUACAGUGAACAGACCUAGUAAUAUGAAAGGGUUCAAUGGAAAGUUAGAAACUCGAUGUGGGAGUGCAAACGACAGUAUGAUUUCAGAUGAGCAGUCACUUCGAGUAUGCAAACGAUUUUAUGUGGCUCUUAUCCUGUCAAGACUAGUGCAGGAAACGCCUGUUGCUGAGGUUUGUGAAGCUUUUAAGGUUGUGAGAGGCAUGGUUCAAGCCUUACAAGAAAAUUCUGGAAGAUUUGCAUCUAUGGUUUCUUUGUUUUGUGAACGACUUGGAUGGCAUGAUAUGGAAGGUUUGGUGGCCAAGUUCCAAAACCGCGUUUCAUUUGGAGUGAGGGCAGAGAUUGCGGAGCUUACCACUAUUCCAUAUGUUAAGGGUUCUCGAGCAAGAGCACUAUAUAAAGCAGGCUUGCGAACACAUCUCGCAAUUGCUGAAGCAUCUAUUUCUGAAUUAGUUAAAGCUCUUUUCGAAUCCACAUCAUGGGCUGCACAAGGUUCAGCACAAAGGCGAGUGCAAUUGGGAGUUGCAAAGAAAAUAAAGAAUGGUGCAAGGAAAAUUGUUUUUGAUAAAGCUGAAGAGGCAAGGGUUGCAGCUUUCUCAGCUUUCAAAUCUCUUGGACUCAAUGUCCCACAGUUUUCUCAGCCAUUAUUAUCAAAUGCUUCUAUAAAUGUUGGUGAGCAAAGUGCUGUUAGUAACUUAUCUGGAGAUGGCACCGCUGAUGUUUUUCUUUGUGUUGAACAAAGAGACCAUGCUUCAAGUGACAUGUGCAUAAAUGGUAGCAGGAAUUCUGCUAAAGUUACUUUGAGAAGUGAAGCAGAAAAGCCAAUGAAAACAAUAGAUGUUGGUUUAGUGGCUCCAGCAGAAAUGAAGUCAAAUUGUCUAGUGCAGCAUAAUGUUGAUGCUGAAAGUUCUGCUGUGCCAAUUGAGAAGACUAUGACCCUCAGUAGUAAGCUAGAUAUUACUGGUAAUCGAAAUGCAAAUGCAAUUGCAGCGCUAUCUGUAAAGCUGGUACAUGAUGAUGGAGAUGGUAUAGGUGACAGGCUUAUUCACAGUACGGUACGUGAACAAUGUAGUAGAGAAAAUUUAUGCAGUGACAACAUGGUAAGCGCAUGUGAGAAAAGCCCUAUUAAUGCAAGUAACACUCCGGGUGGAUUUGAUUCUUUCUUGGCUCUCUGGGACUCAGCCAAAGAAUUUUAUUUUGACCUCCAUUACAGCAGAAGGUCAGAACUAAAUAACAUCACACGAUUCGCAUGUUUUGAAAUUCAUGGCAUGGCCAUCUGUUGGGAAAGCUCCCCUGUGUACUAUGUCAAUCUUCCUAAAGAUCUACUAUGGUCUGAUAACCAAAGAAAUAUUCUGCCUCCUGAGAAUUGGUUGGAGAUUGUUAGGAAUAGGUGGAACCAGAUUAGUGAAAUAAUGGGGAAAAGAGGGGUCAAAAAAUUCUCUUGGAAUUUGAAAAUUCAGGUUCAGGUGCUCAAGAAUGCUAUUGUUUCCAUUCAGAGAUUUGGUUGCCUGAAUCUUUCAGGGAAAAGUUCGGAUAUUGAACUCAUAGACAGUUCGCACUUAUUGUUGUCCCCGAUCAAUGUUAAAGAAGCAAUCGACAUGUGUGUUGUGGCAUGGAUUCUUUGGCCUGAUGAGGAGAGAAGCUCUAACCCAAACUUGGAGAAGGAAGUCAAGAGAAGGUUACCCAGUGAGGCUGUUGCAGCUGCUAAUCGGAUUGGCAGGUGGAAGAAUCAGAUGCGCAGAGCUGCUCAUAAUGGUUGCUGUCGUCGGGUUGCACAAACACGGGCUUUAUGUUCAGUUCUUUGGAAGUUACUUAUUUCUGAGGGACUUGUUGAACCACUUAAGAACAUUGAGAUUCCAAUGGUUAAUGUUCUUGCAGACAUGGAGCUUUGGGGGAUAGGUGUCGACAUGGAGGGGUGCCUUAAAGCUCGUAAUGUGUUGGGAAAAAAGCUAAGGCAUCUUGAGAAGAAGGCAUAUGAGCUGGCUGGCAUGAAAUUUUCAUUGUAUACAGCAGCAGAUAUUGCAAAUGUGUUGUAUGGACACUUGAAGCUGCCUAUACCAGAAGGUCAUGGUAAAGGGAAACUACAUCCAAGUACUGACAAACAUUGUUUGGAUUUGUUAAGAAAUGAGCAUCCUAUUAUUCCAGUCAUUAGAGAACACCGGACAUUGGCAAAACUUUUGAACUGUACUCUGGGCUCAAUCUGUUCACGGGCUACGCUAUCUAUGAGGACGCAGAAGUACACACUACAUGGCCAUUGGCUCCAGACAUCUACUGCAACUGGACGACUGUCAAUAGAAGAACCUAAUCUUCAGUGUGUUGAACAUAUGGUUGAAUUCAGAAUGAUGGAUGAAAAUGGAAGUGGUGAAGAUGGAAAUCUUUAUAUAAUAAAUGCUCGUGACUUCUUUGUUCCUACGCAGGACAAUUGGUUGCUAUUAACAGCAGAUUAUUCUCAGAUAGAGUUGCGUCUAAUGGCACACUUCUCUAAAGAUGCCUCAUUAAUUGAACUCCUUACUAAGCCGAAUGGUGAUGUUUUUACCAUGAUGGCAGCAAGAUGGACUGGGAAGCCUGAAGAUUCUGUUGCAUCUGGUGAGCGAGAUCAGACAAAAAGAUUGGUAUACGGCAUUCUUUAUGGAAUGGGUGCCAAUACUCUUGCAGAACAAUUGGAUUGCAGUUCAGAUGAAGCUACUGAGAAAAUUAAAAGCUUCAAAAGUUCUUUUCCUGGUGUUGCUUCCUGGCUCCAGGAAGCUGUCUCAUCCUGCCGUAAAAAUGGUUAUGUGGAGACCCUCAAGGGAAGAAAGCGAUUCUUGUCAAAAAUAAAAUUUGGUAACAGUAAAGAAAAAUCAAAAGCUCAGAGACAAGCUGUUAAUUCUAUAUGUCAGGGAUCUGCUGCUGAUAUAAUAAAGAUUGCAAUGAUAAAUAUAUACUCUGUGAUUAUUGGUGCUGAUGGCCCAGAUUCUAGCUCUUCGUUUGCAGCUAAGUUUCACAUGCUGAAGGGCCGGUGCCGAAUUCUUUUGCAGGUACAUGAUGAAUUAGUCUUGGAAGUUGAUCCCCCUGUGAUCAAGGAAGCUGCAUCAUUGUUGCAAAUAAGCAUGGAAAGUGCUGCAUCACUUCUUGUCCCUUUGCAAGUCAAACUAAAAGUUGGAAGAACAUGGGGAUGUUUGGAGCCUUUCCAGGUUGAUCAAUAUACAAAUGAGGUUCUUGCCUUUGAUUCGUAGGGACACCAGAUUGUUCUGGCUUAAAGAGGAAAAAGUUUGAAGAUGUUGGGGGAAUGAGGAUUGAUGGCAAUUUGGACCAAUAAAUGUGAACCCAUAUGCUCUGGCUGCACAGUGCAUUCCUCAGGAAGGGUGGGGUACACAGUAUUUUGCAAAAGAAAGUCUCCUGUAUUUCUCUCAAAGGGCUGCUGUGAUACCACAGAAUGAUAAGCAGAAAUCACUCUGCUUUCCCCUUCCUAUUUCAGAAUUCA